AUGCCCUCUUCCUUAAAACGUACCGGUUUCUCAAAAAGCAAGAACAAAGCCAAGGACAUUGUUCCUCCAACAGUGGGCUCCAUCAUCCCUAGAACUCUUAUUGCCACAAAAGACUUCGAAGAGAAAUUCCCUACUACUAAUUCUCGUACAUGGGCCGUUAGCAGGUAUCCUUCUUCCAUAUGUCCUUCGAGCAUUCCUGCUGUGAAGGAGGACUGUCGCUGCCAUGACUUAGAAAUUAUCGCUCCCGAUCUAUCGGAGCGAGUCUACCUUCCCAAGGAAGGAAAUAAACCUUUUGGUUCUAAGUGGAUUUUCAGAAGGAAAAUGAAAACCGGUGGUAUUAUUGACAAAUAUAAGGCAAGAUUGAUUGCCAAAGGAUUAAGACAACGAGAAGGUCUUGAUUACUUUGACACAUACUCACCGGUAACGAGAAUUACAUCUAUUCGGAUGGUAAUAGAGUUAGCCAUCGUGUAUGGCCUUGAAAUCUAUCAGGUGGAUAUAAAGACAACUUUCUUAAAUGGAGAUUUAGAUAAGGGUGGCAUGUGA